AUGGAUGAGCAUCAGUUUGAGAUUUUUCUCCAAAGGCAAACUGAAAUGUUUGCGCCAAUGCUUCGAAAUAACGUACCUGCUGCAGUGCAGGUUCCGGCCGCUAUUCCAGUUCCGCAACCGUCAUCCCUCUCACUAGAUGGAGACAUGGACGAAAACAUGGAUUUUUUCGAGAGAAGCUGGACAGAUUAUGUCACUGCAACAGGAAUGGAUCAGUGGCCAGCUGCAGACAACCAUAAAAAGGUGAGCUAUCUCCUUUCUGUCAUAGGAGAACCUGCUAGGAAACGAUAUUUCAACUUCGAAUUGACGGAGGAAGAAAAAGCAAGCCCGGAAGCUGCUCUAAGGGCGAUCAGAAGUAGAGUUGUUGUCAAACGAAACAUUAUUAUCGAUCGUAUGGAGUUCUUCUCGGCAAUACACUCUUCCCGGGAAACCACAGACGAGUUUGUCACACGCUUGAAAACUUUAGCCAAGUUGGCUAAGCUGGGUAAUCUUGAACAAGAGUUUGUUGCGUUCAAAGUAGUUACAGCUAAUAAAUGGCAUCACAUGCGAUCCAAAAUGCUUUCGAUUGAAGACAUCUCAUUAUCCAAGGCUGUAGAUAUGUGUAGAGCAGAAGAAAUUGCAGCCAAACGAUCCCAAGAACUGGCAGUACCAGAAACUGUAAAUAAAUUACGUAAAGUCAGUAAGCCUGGAUUAAAAAACCUGCGGUGCAAGUUUUGCGGUGAACGUCACGAGUUUUCAAAAGGUUCAUGUCCAGCUCUAGAAAGUGAAGAGUCCUCUGAAGAUUCCGAGAAUGAGUAUGAAAUCGGUAAAGUGUAUGACAAUUCGGACAAUGGCGGAAGUGUUCUGGCGGAACUCGACCUCAAAUUUGGAAACGCCUGGAAAUCUGUGAUUUGUGAAGUGGACACUGGUGCUAACACUAGUUUGAUUGGGUAUAAUUGCUUGAAAAGACAUGUCUGUGAAGAUCCAGUGCUUUUACCGUCAAGCUUCCGUUUACAAAGCUUUGGUGGUAAUCCUAUUCGAGUUUUAGGCCAAGUGAAGAUACCGUGCCGUCGAAACGAAAAAAAAUACCGGUUAGUUCUUCAAGUGGUGGACGUGGAUCAUCGACCACUAUUGUCAGCAAAAGCGUCCCGAGAACUUGGAUUUGUUAAGUUUUGCAAAACUGUUUCCUUUGGAGAGUCCAAAUCUGAAAAGCUGCUAAAUGUAUAUAGAGUUCAAGCAGAAAAGAUACUAGCGCUUCACGAUGGAAUUUUCAGCGGUUACGGCAAGUUUUCAGGUACGGUUUCGUUAGAAUUAGAUGAUAGCAUUCCUCCGUCAAUCCAACCACCAAGACGGGUCCCUAUAGCUAUGCGAAAUAAGUUGAAGCGAGAACUCGAAAAUCUUGAACGUGAAGGGUUGGUGGUGAAAGAAACAAGUCACACUGACUGGGUUAGCAAUCUUGUGAUCGUACAACGCAAUGGCCCAGAAUCGAGUGUAAGGAUUUGUUUGGAUCCAAUCCCCCUAAACAAAGCAUUGAAACGGCCCAAUCUGCAGUUUACCACCCUUGAUGAGAUACUUCCGGAGCUAGGUAAGGCAAGAGUUUUUUCAACCGCUGAUGCCAAGAAGGGUUUCUGGCACGUUGUUUUGGAUGAACCGAGCAGCAAACUUACAACGUUCUGGACUCCGUUCGGACGAUACCGCUGGACUCGACUACCGUUCGGUAUAGCUCCCGCACCGGAAAUUUUUCAGAUUAAAUUACAGGAGGUUAUUGAAGGAUUAGAAGGUGUUGAGUGUAUCGCUGACGACGUGCUGAUAUAUGGGGUUGGCGACACUCUAGAGGACGCUUUAAUCAACCACAACAUGUGUCUCGAAAAGCUGCUUGAGAGGUUGGAAUCAAAGAACGUGAAGCUAAACAAAUCCAAGAUGAAGUUGUGCCAGACAACGGUAAAAUUUUAUGGACACUUGUUAACCGAUGAAGGUCUCAAAGCUGAUGAGAGCAAAAUCCAGGCAAUUCGAAACUUUCCAGUGCCGACUAAUCGUAAGGAGAUUCAUCGCUUCAUUGGAAUGGUGAAUUACCUGAGCCGGUUCAUUAAAAGUCUUAGUGCAAAUCUUACAAAUCUUCGAAAGCUUAUUUCCAAAUCAAUACCUUGGAGAUGGACAAAGAUUGAAGCCGAUGAAUUCGAACAGGUUAAAGCGCUCGUAUCAGAUAUCGGAACACUUCGUUACUACAACGUCAAUCAACCUCUAACAGUGGAAUGCGACGCGAGUAGCUUUGGCCUUGGAGUUGUUAUAUACCAAAGCGAUGGUAUUAUAGGAUAUGCUUCGCGUACGCUGUCUGCAACUGAAAGAAACUACGCACAAAUCGAGAAGGAGUUAUUAGCGAUAUUAUUUGCGUGCGUACGAUUCGAUCAGCUAAUUGUCGGUAACCCGAAGACAGUUAUUAAGACGGACCAUAAACCUUUACUAAAUAUAUUUAAAAAGCCACUCCUGUCGGCACCUCGAAGACUUCAGCAUAUGCUUCUCAAUCUACAACGCUAUAAUCUGUCGAUUGAGUUCGUUAUUGGUAAAGACAACGUUGUUGCUGAUGCCAUCUCUCGUGCACCUUUUGACGAUCAUGCAGCACAGGAUGACUAUAAGAAGCAUGAUGUGUACAAGUUAACUAAAGAAAUAGAAAAACUGAACUUGACGUCAUUUCUAAAGGUUUCGGAUAAACGUCUAGAUGAGAUAAUUGAUGGAACUACGAACGAUCAAUCAAUGCAACUCAUCAUUGAUUUCAUUAAUCGAGGAUGGCCGUCAUCGAUUGACCGUGUACCGGAUGGCGUGAAGAUUUAUUUCAGUUGUCGCGACGAACUCUCGACUCAGAAUGGAAUCAUUUUCCGAAAUGAUCGCAUCCUGGUGCCUCACAAUCUUCGAAGAAAGCUUAUUGAUAGCUGUCACAUUAGUCAUAACGGAAUCGAGUCUACCUUGAAACUAGCGCGAGCAAACUUGUUUUGGCCUGGGAUGACUUCUCAAAUUACAGACGUAGUAAAAGAAUGUCCGAUUUGUGCCAAGUAUUCCGCUUCACAGCCUAAUCCUCCAAUGUUGACGCAUAGUAUUCCGGUGUAUCCAUUUCAACUUGUUUCAAUGGACGUUUUUUUCGCAGACUAUCGUGGUUGUAAAUGCAAAUGGCUCGUCACUGUGGAUCACUACUCUGACUUCUUCGAGGUGAACAAUAUCAAGGAUUUGACUCCAGAAUCCGUCAUCAUGGCUUGUCAACAGAAUUUUGCGCGGCACGGUAAACCUCAGAGAAUUCUGACUGACAAUGGUUCCAACUUUGUCAAUUCGAAGAUGGUCAAGUUCGCUUCUGAUUGGGACAUAGAACAUGUUACAUCGGCCCCUCAUCAUCAGCAGGCCAACGGAAAAGCUGAAGCUGCCGUGAAAAUCGCCAAACGACUUCUCAAGAAAGCCGAAGAAACAGGAGCAGAUUUUUGGUACGCGCUGUUGCACUGGCGCAAUAUCCCAAAUAAAAUUGGAUCCAGUCCAGCCAGUCGUUUGUUUUCCCGUGCCAUUCGCUGUGGUGUACCAACGGCAAUAUCGAAUCUUCUUCCGAAAGUAGUAAAAGAUGUUCCUGAAAUGAUUGAAAAUAACAGAAAGAAGGCAAAAUACCAAUAUGACAAGAGAACACGAAAUUUACCGGAUAUACAAACAGGAUCUCCAGUUUAUGUUCAACUGAACUCCGAAUCUUCUAAUCUCUGGACACCGGGGACGAUUUCCAAGCGCUUCAACGAGCGGUCUUAUUUAGUCGAUGUAAAUGGUGCUGAAUAUCGUCGCAGUCUGGUGAACUUGAAGCCUCGUAAGGAAUCCUCAACGCUGCCAAACCGUUUUGAGCCAUCCGUUCAACAUAGUUCACUAGCCAACUUCCAAAGUCUUGAGGAGCACCAUCCAGCUGGUUCGGAUGACGUACGAAGUCGAACUGUGAAUUUUCCAACUGCUUGUCAACCGACUUCAGAGAACACGUCUACUACGAUUGAGUUGCUGGAAUCACCAUCUUCAUCACAGCCUGUUGCAUUACCACGUGGUCAACCAUGUGCUGCAGUCUUGAAACGACCAAUUGACGCUCCGAUUGCUACGUGCGACGUCAGUAAUGCAAGGCCAAGAAGAUUGAUAAAACUACCAAAGCGACUUAAAGAUUACCAAGUAGAGUACAAGUAA